CAAGUACUCAUCGGACGGUUGCGGUGCACCCAUCUGAAGAUGCAAAAGCUGAGGAUCGAGAAAGCAGACAGUCCACGUGGCGGGAGCCCUCUUCAUCAUUCUGGUCUGUGCUUCUCCAUAGACAUCUGUGCUCCCUAAAAAAGCGUUACACUCUCUCUCUCUCUCUCUACAUAGCAGUAGAUAUAGGCACAUGCACACACUAAUACACACUGAUACACACACAUUUAUAUAUAGCGUUGCUACUGAUUCUUGGACCUCGAGCAUUGUGAAAGCGGAACAGAUGAUAUAUAUAUAAUAUAUCUAUAGCUGAUAAACACACUCACACACACACAUAUUCACACACUGAUACACACAAUGUGUGUGUUGUAUCUAUAGCUGAUGCUGUUUGUUCUUGCGGAGUGCACCUCUAAAUUUAUUUCUCGAUGUCUAUUUGUGCCUUCCAUUCAAUCGUUCGUUGAGCUGUCUUUCCAUCUCUGGAUAAAAUCUUGCUACUGCUUUUCGGGUUCGCCUUUGCUUUCGGCCCCGAUUUUUUCGCGCUUGAAAAUCUGAAGUGCCGAAUGACAUUAUUCAGCACAAAUCAGUUCAAUUUUGAGGCUUAGAAAGAUCAGCCGAUGGAUAUUUAUCGAGUACGAUUCCGAAGUUGUCGUUGAAAGUGUACCAAAUGCAAUUAUUUAUUUUUCAGUUCUGUCGUUGGUUCUCGAGUAAUGGGGCUUCGUCUGGAAAUUACACUUGUUUGCAUUAUUAACUUGGUCUGGAUUCAGCUCACUCUUUCUGAUGAACUUUCGGCAAAGCCUCAAGAAAAUAACUGGACAUGCACUUGCUCUAUCGCACGACACAGUAACUCGAAUUUUCUCCCAGCAAAUUGCUCGUCGUCUUGUGUUUGCAGCCUUGGAGAAUCGAUUGAAAACAAAUGGACAUGCAUUUGCUCGGCCGGCGGAUUUCCUAAAUUGGUCGGCGAAUUAAACGGCGACAGCUGUUUUACAGCCUGCAAUUGCAAUGCCGGGACUUUAUCCGAUUUAGAGACUUCGAAGAAGCGGAUUUCGAGCAAAGCUGUCGUAAUAGCACUCUUAGUGUGUGUAGUCCUCACAGCUCUCGCAUUUAUUGCUUCGAUUCUGUGGUUUAUUUAUCGAAAGGAUAAAAGUCCCGUUAAAUGGAUUUCUCCAUCGUCCGAUCGGCUAACGAGUUGUGGUAGUGGUACGAAUUUGAUGAGCCAAAGUGGAGCUUCUUCAGUCACAGUAUAUAAAGGUUACUUAUACACCUCCGAAAAUAAACCUUUUAUAGGAUGCAUUCCGAAGGCGUCUUUCCUAUUUAAAAACAGAAGAGGAGGAACAAUAACCGGAACGAGUAUGAACUUUUCGUAUUCCGAAUUGGAAAUAGCGACGAACAAAUUUUCCGACGCUAAUUUGGUCGGAGUUGGAGGAAGCAGCCAUGUUUAUAGAGGUAGUCUUAAAGAUGGUCGAAUUGUCGCUGUUAAGAGAAUGAAAACUCAAGGUGGCCCCGACGAAGAACAUCUUUUUUUAACCGAGAUAGAAUUGAUAUCGAGGCUUCACCAUUGCCACGUGGUUCCUUUGAUUGGAUACUGUUUGGAGCACAAAGGAAAGCAUGCAGAGAGGCUAUUGGUUUUCGAGUAUAUUCCAAAUGGGAAUCUUAGGGAGUGUUUGGAUACAGAUUCUGCCGAAUGUUUGGAUUGGAGUACAAGAAUCGGAAUAGCGCUCGGAGCUGCACGAGGAUUGGAAUAUCUCCACGAGGCUGCCGCGCCUAGAAUAUUGCACCGUGAUGUCAAAUCCACUAAUAUUCUCUUAGACGACGACUUCAAAGCCAAGAUUACUGAUCUUGGAAUGGCUAAACACUUACGUAGUGACGGGAUUUUGAGCGGCUCGAGUUCUCCUGCAAGAAUGCAAGGAACUUUCGGUUAUUUUGCCCCCGAAUACGCCAUUGUUGGACGAGCUUCUUUAAAAUCCGAUGUUUUUAGUUUCGGUGUUGUUCUUCUUGAAUUGAUCACAGGUCGAACACCCAUUUAUAAGGCACCGAAUAAAGCCGAAGAAAGUCUCGUAAUAUGGGCGACGCCUCGUUUGAAAGAUAGUAAACGGGUGAUUCUUGAAUUGCCCGAUCCAAGAAUGAAAGGGAGUUUCGAAGAAGAAGAGAUGCAAGUAAUGGCAUACUUAGCAAAGGAGUGCCUUUUGUUGGAUCCCGAUUCUCGACCGAACAUGACCGAUGUUGUACAAAUUCUUUCGACUAUUGCACCGCGUAAAUCUAAAAGGAAGCAUUUGCCAUUGCGUUCGUAUCAGUGUUCAUCGGGUGGUGGAAUGAGAAGCGAUAAUCCAGAGCCGUCGGAUGAGGAAAUUUACAACACAUCAUCAUCGUCGACGGAGGAGAUCAAGCAAAUUACGUCCGAAAUGCCAGCUCGAGGCUCUUUGCAAAGGAAUUCUGUGAGCAGCAAUAAUAAUAAUUUAUGCACUGCGAAAAAUGAGGGAGAUGAUUUGUCGUCCGCGGAAAUGGAGAAACUGAUGCUCCUGAGCUCGAAAACACGAAGCUGGCGAUUACGAGACGAUGACGUGGCGGUGGAUUUAACCGAACCACGGUUCGAGUCUUUUUGUCUGCCGAACGUUGAUUCACAUAUAGUUGAAAUUACAUGAGAAUUGUAUUGAAAAUGAUUUGUCGAGAUGGUUAUAAUUUAUAAACUUGUUUAUUUGAAAUUGCACUUC